AAUUUUCUUCCCUUCUUUUUUACAUCUUCAUCAACGAAUAGAUACACACACACAAAACACCUUAAUAGAUAUAUCAAAUAUAUAUCUUUUAUCAAAUCCUUUUCUAUAUGUUCCCUCCACUCCGUCAUCUUCCUUAAGCCAAUGAAUAACUAUAUAGCGCUAGAUAUGAAAGCCUCACAUAAUGCAGCCAACAACUUAUCGCAGACUUAUAACGCCAACUCAAGCACCACCGUCAUCAUCAUCUCCACCCCCUAGUCUAUAUGGACCACGGUUCGGAUAUUCGCAGCCCUUAGUAGCACUUCCAGCUGCUUACGGCUAUCUUCCACGCCAAAGAUGGCCCCAAGAGCAUGCUUCAUUGUCGGGCGGCCCUCGUGCUGUUCCCCUACGAAUGCAACGUGCUGCUAUGAACAGUACCGACCAACAUCCCAUGCCCAUUCCUUCACUACAACUAUCAUCAGAUAGACCCUAUUCAGUUCCUAAUCGCCCCAACCAACUUGUCAAUCGUGAAAAUAGUAGCAAUUAUACUCAUCCUCCAAGACCAGCCUCUUCGUCAAUGUUAGAUGACUUUCACUAUUCAGUUUCAACUCGUUCAAGCACACUCUCACAAUACAGAGAAGCUCAAGAGACCGAAACCGAUCUCCCAACAACAGAUAGUGUUGUGCUUGACAAUUCGGCACUACCAGUGAAAUCGUCAAAUUCUACACGCCGAGUUGCCAAACGCGGUUCCAGAACGAAGCUGCCUAACAAGAAUAAUCUAGAAGAAUUAAGUUCAACCAUAUCCCCCUUCGAUCACGGUGUAGAUAUACCAAUAGGGGGUCAAAAGCGAGUGAAUGAGAAUACUACUUUAGGACCUAAUUCCUCUAAGAGGAUCAAAAUCAACGUGUUUCGGGGCCAAUCUCAGGCUGUUACUUCCGAGACUUCUAAAUCAUCAUUAUUAGCCAAUCCCAAAGUUCAAGAGCCACAGUCAAACAAAACUAAUCACAUGAAAACGCCCACUACAGAAGACCGACCCACCACAUUUCUCGGAGAAUUCGACGAUAAUACAACACAGAGUUCAGACAGUGAAGAUGGACUCAACGAGGAUCUACUAACAUCAAAGAAGCGCGAGCAAGCGGAUAGUACCAGGAAAUUAGACCCAUAUGAUAACACAGCGACGGUCAGUCUGAACCAUGGUGCGCCAAAUGCUAAGAGCCAGGCCAACACAGGAGACAUAGACCAUAGUCAAGGGACUGAAGUCAGCGACAUCUCGAGAGGUUCUGGUAGAACACUUGAUAAGUUAAACAUCGAUAAUAGGAAUGCUACGAGUAGGUACUAUCGAUAUGCCGACGCUUCUUCCCAAUGCAAUACACCGUCGGAGGACGUAUCAGGAGUCGCGCAAACCAAAUUCGAAGAGAAGCUCAAAUGCUAUAGUCAAUUGAAAACCAAUUCCAAAGGCGCUUCUAAUGCUCAAGAUAUGGCGCAAGGCAAUCCCAACAAUGAGGAUCUUCACUCUCGAUUUUCAAGAAUAGAUAAAAUGAUCAAUGUCCAAAAAGAAAACGGGAUGGAUGAAUUCAUAAAGAGGAGGCUGAAUACUGGGGAUCCUGACGUGUUAGAGACCCUCACAAGCGAGAUACUCAUAGGUUUGGUUGCUCGCGAUGGCGAAUUAUUUGAACAUUUGUUCAAGAUCGUGUAAGUUGCCCUCGGGGAUUUAGGGAUUGGAAUAUCCGUACAGUGCUAUACUGGCUUUCAAUUUACCGCUAGAUAGAUACCGGGGUAUAGAGAUAAAAGAUAACGGGAUCGAAGAAAUAGAGGUAUUUUCCACCUUCAAAUGAUUAUCCAAGUUAUCACCUAUUAGGUGAGGUGUCAUUCAUGAUAGCUUACUCGCCGGGAUUCAAGACAAUAUCCUUCCUAUCAAUCUCCACC